CGAAAAUUCAAUCACCCGUUAACCUCGCUCAAUCCGUGUGGAAUGAAUGCGGUAUUUUUUUCAAGAAACCAGCUGUAAUAGAGAAUCGAACAGAUCUGUAAGAUUUGGUAAUAUAUAAGAGUGACAGCAUCUCGUAAUUUCUGAGGUUCUCUGUGUCCGUUUGGUUACAGAGUCAAGUUUCAUCACGAUUCCGGAUACAUAUUACAAUGCCUGGGGAGUUAAUAGAAUUUCAAGAAAAUGAGAGGUUUAGAAAAGAAGGGAAUUUGGAUUCCGAGAUGUAUGAGGACGAGAGAAGAAGAUCAACGCGAGCGAGAUCUCUGAAGAAGAAAGCGAUGACUGCUUCGACGAAGCUAACACACGGUAUAAGGAAGCGUGGCAAACGCGUGGCUGACUGCAAAUUCGCGGCAAUUUCUAUCGAGGAUGUGAGGGAUGCGGAGGAGGAAAAGACGGUCAGAGCAUUUCGCCAGGCAUUGCUUGCCAAAGAUCAGCUCCCCUCAAGUCAUGAUGAUUACCACACUUUGUUUAGAUUUUUGAAAGCAAGGAAAUUUGACCUCGAUAAAACUGCCCUGAUGUGGGAAGAUAUGUUGAACUGGAGGAAAGAGUAUGGAACAGAUACUAUUAUACAGGAUUUUGUGUAUGACGAAUACGAAGAAGUUCAGCGCUGUUACCCCCAUGGUUACCAUGGUGUAGACAAACAGGGUCGCCCUGUUUAUAUUGAAAGACUUGGUAAAGUUGACCCUACCAAGCUGAUGAAGGUUACUACAGUGGACAGAUUUUUGAAAUAUCACGUGCAGGGCUUUGAAAAGUCCUUUUUGGAGAAGUUUCCUGCCUGUUCUAUUGCUGCCAAGAGGCAUAUAGAUUGUACAACCACAAUAUUGGAUGUCCAGGGGUUGAACUGGAUGAGCUUUGGCAAGGUUGCACAUGAUCUUGUAAUGCGCAUGCAGAAAAUUGAUGGAGACAACUAUCCUGAGACUUUACAUCAAAUGUACAUAGUUAAUGCUGGAAAUGGGUUCAGACUACUAUGGAACACAGCAAAAGGCUUUCUUGAUCCGAGGACUACAGAAAAGAUUCAUGUUCUAGGGAACAAAUUUCAUAAUAAAUUAUUGGAGAUUAUUGAUCCAAGCCAAUUGCCGGAGUUUCUUGGUGGAACAUGCUCAUGCCCUAAUGAUGGAGGCUGUCUUAGAUCUGACAAGGGACCCUGGAAUAAUCCAGAAAUAAUGAAGUUGGUACGGUUAGGAGAUGCCCUGUAUUUGAGGAAAACAGAAAGUUCUUCUGAUAAUGAAAAUUUGGAAGCCAAACUUCUAUCUACAAAGGUUUCUCCAACUGCCUUUUUUAUCUUAUGCUUCGGUGUGUGGCCAGAUACUUCUGGUUUCAUGCAGUUGGUGCCACUUCCUGAAAAAGGAAGGAUGAGUGCUCUUAAUUCAAUGCGUGACAUUAUUGAACCAGAAAAUACUGCAAGAACUGAAGAAGUCAAUUCAACAAAUGAUGCAACUGGUGGUGUUACUCCAAGAAAGAAGUUUGUCCUCCAUGUAAUAGAUUUUGUGGUUUACUUUGUACUCAAAUUUUUGGCAUGUAUAUUUUUCUUUGCCCCUGGACCGGGAAGGUUUUCGGAAGCACUAGAUUUAAACCCACAAGUAGGAAACCAAUCUAACAACCAGCUGGCAGAUUCAGGGUCUCUAGAAAAUAGUACUUCUACUGAAUCAAAAGAGGACUCACUCCAUCCAUGUUGGCAGAGGCUACAAAAUUUAGAAACCUUGGUAACUGAGCUUUGUAACAAACCCACAAAAAUUCCUGCUGAAAAGGAAGACAUGCUUCGUGAUUCAUUAAGUCGUAUUAAAUCAAUCGAACAAGAUUUACAGAGAACGAAGAAAGCCUUGCUUGCAACUGCAUCAAAGCAAGUGGAGCUUGCUGAGUCAUUGGAACAUUUAAAAGACAACAGCUUGCCUGUGACAAACUCAUGUUGGCGAAGAAACUACAAACCUUUAAAUCCAGGAAGAUGAAUUUGCCUUUUUGGGUAUCCAAUUAUGCAAUUUCUAUUGUCAAAUCAGCAAUGCUAUAAUGGCAAGAUGCUAAUCUGUGGCGUGAUUUGAGAAGCAGCAGGUUGUCAAACUAUUUCACAUUAGUCUCGAUUGUAAUCCCCAUUCUGAAGAACUCUAUCUCAUGUCUGUUAUUGUUUUGAAUUUGGCAGUCGAGGUGACGCACCAGAGGUUUGAGGUUGAUGGAGAAUAAUAGUACAUGGAAAUAAAAUCUUUCUGACAACCACAAUAGUAGUUAGGGAGACGGAGACGGUUGUGCAUAUAGUUUUUGAAGCUUCUGUACAUAGUCCCCCCACAUUUCUUUAUUCCU